CAUCGCUGCACCCCCCAACAAUGGCCGCCGAGGGCCUCCCCACCUCGGGAGCAGUGGCAAAGCCCAGCCGCGGGGCACGCGCUCUCCGCCUCGCGCCCGUGCUCGCCCUGCUCGUCUGCGCUGGACUCUUCUACGCGCGCCCGGCAGAGCCGCCGCCGUCCGACAUCAAGCUGGCGAUUGGCAAGCCUUUUGUGCAGGGCAUUAUCGCACUUUUCGAGAUGAAGGUCGACCAGAUCCGCUUGCAGCAGCCCGAGUCGCAGUGGACCCACUUCGCCGUCGGGAUGUACGUCUUCGACCUCCUGAUCGACAUCCACAUGGAGCUGCUCUUCUUCGGCGCGCAGGCCACGCUUGGCUCGGCGGAGAUCAAUCUCUUUUUCCGAGGGGAGCGCUUCGGCACCCUCUCCUCCCGACCCUGCCCGCUCGGCGGCGGCGGCAAGAUCAGGACGCAGAUGGCGGGCCAACUGGUGGUGGACGACGUGGCUGUUUUCAAGAAGAUCGCCCGCGCGGUGGUGCACGAGGACGAGUUCACCGUCGAGCUCUACGCGGUGUUGGCGGUCGAGCUUCGCGGCACAGACCACGGGUGUACUCUCCGCAAGGAUAUGUGCCAGACAGUUGGCACGCUGCGCAUCCCGGGCGUGACCUUCGCAAAGUCGGUCGUGCUCCACGGCGCGCAAGGCUUCAACGUCGAGAUGGGCGCCCUCAAGCUCAUUGACCUUCCCGCGACCGAGCCGGCCGGCAAGGCGCUCAUCUCGGUCGACGCGCGUGUGACGAACCCGUCCACCUUUGUGCUGAAAGACCUCGACGUCUUCUCGAUCGACAUCUAUACCGACGACUCGUGGCCAAAGACGGAGCGGCCCGCGGCCGAGUCGCUCGGCGUCAAGUUCGCGGAGGUCAUUCGAGCUCGGGCGCGGCCAGUCGGAUUGGUUUCAGGUGCAGGGCUUCCUCUCGGUGCCGGAGCGGGAGUACGACCUCGUCAAGACCGCCGACGUCCUCAACCACUUCCUCACGUCCCGGCCGACGCCGCUCAUCGCCUCCAUCGUCGGAUCGUCGCAGCCCUUCUUCGCCGCCGCCGCCACGGGCACCGCCCUACGCGCCUUCCUGCCCGGCAUGACGGACAAGUUCGGCGGCUGCACAAACAUCGUCGUGCGCGCCUACAUCGACCUCGACAUCCCCGUCGCGGUCGCCUCCCUCCUCAACCCGUUGUCGGGCACCACGCUGCACCAGUACCUGUACGUCGCCCUCUCCAACCCCUUCGACGCGACCCUCUACGUCUUCGGCCUCGAGGCGGAGGUCUUGUACAAGGACGUCCACGUGGGGCAGGUCUCGCUGCCGCAGCUCUCGCUCGAGCAGGCCAUCGUGCUGCCGCCCUCCGAGAACGGCUUCCUCACGCCAAACGCCUACCCGAUCGAGCUCCACGCCACCCAGCUGCCAUCCCUCCUCCAGCUGCUCCACGACAUCGCCCCCAAGCCCGCCGGCAAGGGCGUCGCCUACGUCGACCUCAACGCGCGCAUCCACGCCCGCGUCGGGGGCGCCGAGCCCAUCCUCGUCUACAAGCAGGUCAACGUCUCGGCGCAGCUCAAGCAGUUCUCGGGCCUCCCAUAGCGGCAGUGGGCGGCAAAUUAGCGCGCGGCGGUGGCCCCGCUGCUUUCGCCCAGAAUUUAGCGCGGCCGCCCGCGGCGGGAGGGGUCACACUGGAGAGGCAGAGGGGGAGCGAGGCCGGCGCGAUGAGCCGGCGGAAGUGGCAAGCUAGUGUGGGGUGGCAGCGGUAGAGCUAGAGGUACAGUGAAGAGAGAGGACUGGGUCCCUGCCGCCCUGGGGCGUGGGGGUGGCAAAAAUGAGCCGGCGUCGCUAUUUAGGGCUUUAGCGCCCGUCUCUACGUCAGUAACUCUAUACACAAGUCUACAGCUGC